AUGACUUCUCAUCUAAAUAUUAUUGAAAUUUGUGAUGUCUUAUUUGAAGAAAUCCCGUCCGAUGAUAAUAGUAUAACUUCUUGUGAUGACUCUGAUAAUGAUAAUGAUUAUAUACCACCUUCUGGUGACUCGAAAACGAAACCCAUUCUAUUUGAAUCUAGUGACGAUGAAAAUUCAGAAAUUUUGAACUUAGACGAUAGAAAUAUUUAUUUACUACCCUCGCCAAUAAAGCAAAAAAAGUAUACUCGUAGUUCAAUUCGUCGAAAAUGUGUAUCAAAAACAACUGAAGUUAGAUCUCGGACAGCAACACAUCGUCAAUUAUUUUCCGGUUCUGAAAAUGCAUCUUUGAAUAACGAAAAUGUGUCGUUGGAUUUUGAUUUUCAUUCUUUACAUAGUACUUCUUCAGAUCUAAAUAAUGAUUAUCAGUCCAACUCUGGAUCUACACCAUUACGUCCAGUAAAUAUUGAAGGAGUUGAAACCGAGAUUGAAACUCAACCAAUCCAGCAAGAUGAUUUUCAAUUUCUAUCUCCUACAUGGUCAAAAAAAAAUGACAUUAUUUUUAAUGUUUCUCCAUUUUCAAGUCCAGAGGGCCCUACAACAUUAUUAAAUGAUUUAUCAAUGUGUACACCGACAACCAUUUUUAAAUAUUUAUUUACUGAUGAAAUUUUUGACCAAAUAGUUCAUCAUACUAAUUUAUAUGCAUAUCAAAAACAAUUGAAAACAGGAAAAGCUUUUAUGCGAACAAAUAUGUCUGAAAUUAAAUGUUUUAUUGGAAUGCAACUUCUAAUGGGUAUCAAGAAGCAAUGCAGUUAUAGGGACUAUUGGUCAUCAUCACCCGAUUUGCACGAUUCUUACAUAAGUUGUUUAAUGCCAGUAAAUCGCUUCGGUUGGUUAUUAUCGCACGUACAUUUGAAUGAUAAUUCGCUUAUUCCGAAAAAAAAUCAACCUGGGUAUGAUAAAUUAUACAAAAUUAGGCCAUUUAUACAGACUUUACUAAACAACUUUCAAAGGGCGUAUAAUCCUUCCAAAAUAAUUGCAAUAGACGAAAGUAUGGUCAAAUUCACGGGUCGAAAUUCUAACAAACAAUAUAUGCCAAAAAAACCGAUAAAGAGAGGAUUUAAAAUUUGGUGUUUGGUUGACAAGCAAGGUUAUUUAUGGAAUUUUGAAAUUUAUACGGGAAAAGUUGGGGAAAAGGCUGAAAAACAAUUGGGUGCUCGAGUAGUAAAACAACUAUCGCAACCUUUACAAGGAAAAAAUCAUUGCUUAUUCUUCGACAACUAUUUUACCAGCUACCCACUAAUGACAUACCUAAAAUCAAAAAAUAUAAAUGCAUGUGGAACAGUCAAUCUUACAAGAAAAUUUUAA